AUGUUACCAGGCCAGCAUCUAACUGCCAUAAAAGGUCUCCAGUGCCUCAAGUCAAAUUCCAGCCCAUUUACUCAGACAAGGGCUCAAGGCUCUAUUAAUUCUCUCUCACUUGGCAAUGUAGAUGGGAAAAGCAAGGAGAUGGAAUCUAAUGUUGAACUUGAUGUAGAGCCAAUUUUUUCAGAAAGGGACGUGUUAGAUCAGAUAUCAGAAGACGAAACUUCUGAAAUUUUUGAAAUCAACAAUGAUGAUGCGGAAGAAGUGAACCCGAUCAUAGCCAAUCUAAGUGGAAUGAAGCUCUCUGAGUUGAGAGCUCUUGCGAAAUCUCGAGGUUUGAAAGGAUUCUCAAAGAUGAAAAAACAAGUGCUCAUUGAGUUACUAAGUGAAGGCUCAAUUUGA